CCUCCCCCCCCCCCGUCUUUGCUUGUGUCGCGCACGCUUUUUUAGUGCAGGACAAAUGGACCCCAUGCGUUUUAAUCCAAUCCUAUCAGUGACCUUACCUCCGGCAGAAACUGGGAGUUGUUUGUGAUCAACAAUUUACAUGCAACUUGUGUGAUCCAGGCGCCAGACGGGGAAACGACCGCCGCUCGAACGUAGGACGCUCGCGGACGGUUCAGAUUUGAUCGCCUAAAGUUGACCACUCUGGGUUCUCCCAACUCUUUUAAAGCCGCGAUGGAAAUUGCUACGGACCAGCCGCGGUGGGUGUCGCACCACGCCGUCCUGAACGGGCAACACCCGGAGUCUCACCACCCGAGCCUGUCCCACAAUUACAUGGAACCCACGCAACUUCUCCCGCCGGAUGAGGUCGACGUAUUCUUCAAUCAUCUCGACGGGCAAGGGAAUCCUGUCUCUCCUUACUACAGUAACUCCCCGCACGCCCGGGCUACAGUCUCUUACCGCCAAGCUCACGCCCGUCUGUCCGGCGCUCAGGUCUGCGGGCCGCAUCUCCUGCACAGCCCAACCAUCUCGUGGCUGGACAGCGGCAAGGCGCUCUCGGCCCAUCACCACCACCACCACAACGCCGCGGCGUGGACCGUCAGCCCGUUCACCAAGGGGCCACUCCACCCGGCCGGGCCGAGCGGCCUCAGCGUCUACUCCGGAAGCACCUCGGCCAGCAGCCUGGCGGCGGCGGCGGCGGCUGCGGUGGCUCACCCGACCUCGCAUCACCUCUUCAGCUUCCCGCCCACCCCUCCCAAGGACGCGUCGCCGGAUCUGGGGGCUCACAGUACGGUUUCCCCGUCCAACACGGCGGCGGCGGUGGCAGCUGCAGCAGGUCGGCAGGAUGAUAAGGAAUCCAUUAAGUAUCAUGUGUCAUUGGCAGAAAGUAUGAAACUGGGAUGUACUAGGAGUACUAUGCCGUCGCUCGGAACCAGCGCGACUUCCACCCAUCACCCAAUUCCCACUUACCCUUCCUAUGUUCACGAGUGCAACAACGGCCUUUUCCACCCCAGUGGAAUCCUGACCGGCGCCUCCACUAAUUUCACACCCAAAUCCAGGAGCAAAACACGCUCGUGUGCCGAGGGCCGAGAAUGCGUGAACUGUGGGGCCACCUCCACACCGCUCUGGAGAAGGGACGGUACCGGCCACUACCUGUGUAACGCCUGCGGCCUGUACCAUAAGAUGAACGGGCAGAACAGACCUCUCAUCAAACCCAAAAGGAGAUUGUCAGCGGCCAGGAGAGCGGGGACUUCGUGCGCCAAUUGUCAGACCACAACCACCACUCUGUGGCGGCGGAACGCCAACGGUGACCCGGUAUGCAACGCCUGUGGCCUUUACUUCAAACUCCACAAUGUGAACAGGCCCCUCACUAUGAAGAAGGAGGGGAUUCAAACACGCAACAGGAAGAUGUCCAGCAAGUCGAAGAAGAACAAGAGGAUGUCGGAUGGCUUCGAGGAACUGUCCAAGUGCAUGCAGGACAAGGCCUCGUCCUUCAGCCUGGCUGGACACAUGCAGCACAUGGGACAUCUGCCUCCCUUCAGUCACGCCAGCCACAUGCUGCCCACCCCCACCCCCAUCCACCCGUCGUCCAGCCUCUCCUUCGGGCACCCGCACCCCUCCAGCAUGGUGACCGCCAUGGGCUAGUGGGGGGGGGGGAGCGAGACCUCCCCCUCCGGCGGGCGAUGAGAAAUGGAACAGGAGAGAAGAAAAACACACGAGAGGCUUUUGCCUCCAUCUUUUCCAAAGCAAGAAAGAUCGAGGACGGACUUGCGUGGUGGUUGGAGGGCGGCCGCUGACCCCAGCUGGCAUUGCAGGACUUGUGGGAGGCAAAAUUGGAGUCAAACCGAAAAGAGUUUUGCCUCCUCAGCGAAGAAGCAGGAAGGCGACGAUGAGUUUGGUUUGUUUUGCUUGCUUCGAACUGGGAGGCACACGGAGGCAGAACCAAGCUGGACACCUUGCAAAGCGACUUUGUUUCUUGGUGUUGAUGUGAAUAUUGUAAAUCAGAGAAUUUUGGGGGUAAAAGGUUUGCAAAAACCUAAUAGCAUAUGCUGAAUUUCUUUCAUUACUUGCAGUUAAACAAAAACACUCAAAAAAAAAUUAAGCAAGGCCACUUAACUUUGAAGUAUAUUUCUUUCCAUUUGAAUUGUUUUAAUUAAUUCAUGUUGUGCGAUAUGUUAUCUCAUUUUACGGGAGGGGUUUGUCCUGAUUCUGGGAUUUUGUCACGGGGUUGGGGUCAAAGGGCAGGGAGGGUGGGGGAACAAUUGCAGGGUUUGGUUAACUGGUCUGUGUUUGGUUAAUUGCGACGCGGAACCAAGGAAAUGUUGGCUACGGGAUUAGGCUCAAUCCACACCACCACCUCAACAACCAUAACCGCCCCCCCCCCACCAAAUCUCUCCCCUCCAAGAGAAAUAGCCACAGGCAGCUAUGGAGGCCAAGUUAAUGGGUACAGUUAAUGCUAAGGUUCUUGGGUUCUUGAUCAGUAAGGACCUAAAAGGUUAUGGUGAGAAGGCAGGAGAGUAGGGCUGAGAGAGAAAAUAAUUCAGCUACGAUCGAAGAGCAAAGUGGGCUGAUCGCCCUAAUUCUGCUCCUAUGUCUUAGGGUCUUAUGAAUGUAGGAGGAAACUAGCCAAAUGCCUCACUGCUCUCCAGUGACUCUGAGUAAGCAUAAGAAAGGAUUGUGUCCAGAUACGACAGCUUCAUCGCCCAGUUGCCAGCUGGUAUUGAUAGAUGAGUUUUGACUGAUGCUUGACUGUUGCAAGAGGUACUGGUUGGGUAUCAUCCAUUGUGGAGAACCCUAGAAUGAACUAGAUCCUUCAACAAAGAGGGGGGCCAAGAGUGGGGUGGAACAGUGGGGAAGGUGCAGACAAGAGCCCGUGGUUUUUAACGAAACCCUCCCUACCUUAACCUCAGUUCUCACCCUUGGAAAGACACCAAAUGGGCAAAAGUGAUUUCAAUGCAGAUGGAUAACUGUUGUACAUUUUUAUUUGGUCAUUCUCAGGCAAGUAUGUAAACCAGAGUUCUUUAAAAAAAGUUUUGCUUUCCACAUCUCACUUUAAACAGGUUCUUGUUCCUUCUCUCAGUUUAAAAGUAUCACCACAGUUUUAAUUUCUGCCAACCAAGAGGAUGGGGGUGUUAUACAGGGAGCAGUUGCAUUGCUGGUUACCAUGGUCUGCUGUGUAGUCAUCUUCUUAACCACAACAUCAAAACAGGUCAUAGCUUGUAGUCAAGAGACCUUUCUCUCCCCCUCCCCCUUAUCUCUUCUUCCUUUCUCCAUUCUUGCUCCCCUCUCACCCCUUAACUUCUCCUCCCUCUGGUGCCCUCCUCCUUCCCUUUCUGCUACUCUCUUCUCCAAUCAAAUUCUUUCUUCUUCAGCCCUUUACCUCUUUUGCCUAUCACCUCCCAGCUUCUUCCUUCGUCCGCCCUCCUCCACCCAUCUUCCCCCUCACCUGGUCUUACCUAUCACCUCCCAGCUUGUACUCCUUCCCCUCCCCUAUCUUUUUGUUUUGCCUCUCCCCCCCCGCCCCGCCCCAGUCCUUUCCAGUCCUGGUGAAGGCCCUGGCACAAAACGUCGCCUGUUUAUUCCUCUCCACCGAUGCUGCCUGACGUGCUGAGUUCCUCCAGCAUUUUGUGUGUGUUGCUCAAGAUUUCCACCAUCUGCAGAAUCUUUUGUCAAGAAAUUUGUUGCUUUGUGCUGGCAGGACAGGGCAAAGACAAAAAUGGCUGCAAAUGACAGAAUUACACAGUGCGGAAAAAAAAAAGGAAAAAUGAGGCGGUGUUCGUGGGUUCUUGGACCAUUCAGAAAUCUGAUUGUGCAGGGGAAGAAGCUGUUCCAGAAUCAUUGAGUGAGGGUCUUCAAAUAGUAACGAGAGGAGGGCAUGGCGCUAAUGGUGGGGGUCCUUAGUGAUCGAUGCCGCCUUGAGGCACCGACUCUUGAUGGUGAGGAGGGUUGUUCCCGAGAUGGAGCUGGCCAAGUCGACAGCUGUGGGCAGCCUCUUGCAAUCCUCUGUAUUGGAGCUUGUAGUAAAUUGACCAAACCACUUCAUAGCACAGUCAAAAUCAGGGCGUAACAGUGUGCUAGAGAAAAGGGGAACUUGACAGCAUAUCAAGAUGAGGUUUUUCAAGAUCUGAGAGGAGGAUUAGACAUGGGUCUAAUUUCUCUAUGAUAAGAUCCAAAAGCAACAUGAGAUUUCAGUUAAAUCUUGCUAGCUAUAUCCUCAGGACUUAACAGUAGGAGGAAAUCAUAAACAUAAGAGAUUCUGCAGAUGCUGGAAAUCCAGAGUAACACACAAAAUGCUGGAAGAGCUCAGCAGGUCAGGCAACAUCAAUAGAGAGGAAUAAACAGUCCUCUUAUUCUGCUUAGUCCCAUGGACCUAUACCUGGAUCAUAGCUUCUUGUUUACAUCUUCAAAAAACUCAGCCAAAUUUUCAAAGCAUGUUUGCUCAUGCACAAAGCUAUGCCAGCUAUCCCUAAUCAGUCCCUUUCUUUCCAAAUGCUUAUCCCUCAGAAUCCCACUAGCAACUUACCUACUGCAAAUAUAGAGUGAUGGAGAAUCGUAUUAGUGCUACAGUACAGAAACAGGCCAUUCAGUCCAUCUGUUCCUUGCUGAACUCUUACUCUGCUCAGUUCCAUUAACACACACCGGGACCAUGGCCCUCUAUACCCUUCCCACCCACGCACCUAUCCAAACCUCCCUUAAAUGUUGCAACCAAACCCGCAUCCACCGCUUCCACUGGCAACUUGUUACAUACUCACUCGAACCUCCGAGUGAGAAAGUUCCAUCUCAGGUUCCCCUUAGAUAUUGCACUUUUCUUCCUUGUGACCUCUAGUUGCCGUCUCACACAACCUCAGUGGAAAAAGCCUGCUUGCAUUUAUCCUAUCUAUACUCAAAAUACUGUAUACCUCUAUCAAAUCUCCCCUCAUUCCCCGUGCUCCAGGGAAUAAGGUCCGAGCCUGUUCAACCGGGAGAUAUCUCAGCUAAGAUUUAGUUUUGCAAAGCAGUUUUCUUUCUCCAUUCCCUUUCCUUGUCUCUAACUAAAAGGAAAUUACCCAUGUUUGGCCUUCAACACCACGCAGAAUGAAGCUCGGACCGAGUUACCCUGUUCUGAUUGCUUUGCUGACCCUGAGGUAUUGGUGGAGGGAUGAGGACUUAGUUGAAUGUUCUUAGAUCUCUGUGGUUCAAAUCUUGAGGUUGGGAAGGGCAAGUGAACACAAAACAUAGAACAUUACAGCACUGUACAGGCCCUUCAACCUGUGAUGCUGUACUGACUUUUUAACCUACUCUUAAAGAUCAAUCUAACUCUUUCUACCCACAUAACCCUCCAUUUUUCCCUCACCCAUGUGCCUAUCUAAGAGUCUUGAAUGCCCGUACUGUAUUUGCCUCUAUCUUGGCAAUGCGAUCCACACACUCACUGCCCUCUGUGUAAAGUUCCUAACUCUAACAUCCUCCCUACAUUUUCCUCCAAUAACCUUAAAAUUAUGUCUAAUGGUAUUAGCCAUUUCCUCCCCAGGAAAAAGUAUCUGGUUGAACACUGGAUCUCUGCAUCUUAUCAUCUUGUACACCUCAUGUCAUAUCUCUUCCUCCUUCACUGCAAAGAGAAAAUCCCUAGCUCGCUCAACCUAUCCUCAUAAGGCACGCUGUCUAAUCCACGCAGCAUCCUGGUAAAUCUCUGCACCCUCUCUAAAGCUUCCACACCGUUCCUUUAAUGAGGGGACCAGAACUGAACAGGAUAUUCGGUGUCUGGUCUAACUAGAGUUUUAUUGAGGUGUAACAUGGCUCUUGAACUCAAUCCCCCCGAUAACUGAAGGCCAAUACACUACACGCCUUCUUAGCCGCCCUAUCAACCUGCUAUAAUGAGGUGACCAGAACUGAACUUCAUUGGUGAACUAUUAGUCUGGAAGGCUGGAACAUAAGACCACAGAAAUUCCAAUCCAGGGCACCUUUUCCCUUUGAAUGCUGAAUAUCAAAAAUAUAUCAACAGGUGUGUGUGGUCUGUAGUGUUCAUUGUAACAGUGAUUAACUCCUUGAUCACCAGUUCUCUGAGCAGAUGCAGGUCUGUCCGACUUGGCCAUCAUGUGACAGACUUUGUGUCUAACACACAGAGGGAGUAUUUUAUAUAUAUCUCAAUUAACAAGCCCUUCAGCAGUCUGAGAAAGCAAAAUGGAGGAUCUUUUACUUUGCAAUUUUAUAAAGAUUAUUUUUCAAGGACUGAACAGCCAUAUUAAAAAAUCUGUUUUGAAUGUUUCUAAAAUGGUCCUUGACAUAUAAAGCUGUACUUUGUAUUGGUUAUAUAUAUCAGAGGGCAGAGGUCAAUGUCUUGUGAGACGGUUUUAUCUUCUACCGAUUUUAUUAUUUUUCCUUUCUUGCCGAGCGAUUUGGAACCCAGCGUAUGCGUUUCUUAAAGUAAUGGUACAGUGAAUAUUAAUUUGAAAUUAAGCUGAAUUUUCAUCUGGGAAUGUCAAAAUGGGAGAGUUACUGACAAAAAUAUUUUUUAAGAAAAAAAUGCAAAAAAAAAUCAGAGUUGAGAGGACAAAGUGCAAUAUAUUGUCACUCACUGUGGUGUAGUUGGAAGCAGUGAGUUUUUUUAAGUUAUUUUUAUCAUGUCAUCAUAAACAGAUUUUGGUUUCUUGCAGUAUUUACAUUCUUCUUGUUAAUUUUUUUGUUGGUAGAUUAAGUUAUUGUUUAAAUAUGUACAACAUGUUCAUACAAUUAUCUGUAUAAAUGUGUAUGUUACCACCAUUAUUCCUCAUGGACAUUGCUAACAUUAAUAAAAAAGA